GGACAUUUUGAGUGUGUGAAUGAUAUGGUACACCGAUCGGCUGACUGUACGACUGUGUGUUGAGUCCAUCCAUCUGCAUCAACGCAACAACCGUAUCAAUUCUCUCCCACCAUCCAAUCCGAUGCAUCCAAAUCGUUGUUUGUCCACAAAAUCAUUCACAACGGUGAAAAACGUCCCACCCGCUAGGACAGUACGUACCCACCCCACCACUAUCAGCACCGACAUCGACAGAAAAUGAGACACACAGACAGACGCACUCCUCUCCGCCAGCCGUCUGAAUUGGGGGCGAGUGAGUGUGCGAGUGGGCGCUAAAUGGCAUCAUCGGCCCCCCGUGAUGCCUCACAUCCCCCCGCCCCCCUUCCCAACCGCCCCAGCCCGUCAUCGGGAUCCUCACGCGCCGCGCCCCUGGCAGGUGUCUUGGAUGGACUGCGCAGGAAGUCCGACACAAACUCACCCAGGUACCCAGCUGUGUCCUUGACGAUGUCCUUCCAGGGCGGCAGCCCCGCUUCACCAUCGUCAUGCCUUCGCCGGGUGUCGUUGAUAUGGUGCUGCAGCCGUCCCCCCGCCCCUCCCCCUCCCGCCCUGCCGGUCCUGUCGCCCCUGCCCUCACUUAGAGGCGAGCUGGGCAUCCCCCUGUCGCCAUCACUCCACCGCCACGCACAUCGCCUCCCGUCGGUCGCCUCGUGGUCGACGGGCAGACGCUCGGGGGUGUGGGUGUGGUCGUGCUGCACGCCGGGCAGCAGGUACGGGGUGGGCAGGUCGUGCCCGUUGCCGAACGGGGAGUGGUUGGGCAGCGGCACAGAGCGCGUAACCGGCACAGCGGCAUGUGCGUGUUCUCCCGAGGCCUCGGUGUCCCUUAGUCGAUUGCACUCUGGUCUGGGCACGAAGAUGCUCGGGGGCAGGGCGCUCUCAGCAGUGCUGGUGGUGGUCAUGUGGGCCGCCAGAGGGCUGGACGGCGGGCGGUGGAUCAUCCUGUCGGGUGACGCACCGUGCUGCGAGGAGGAUGCCACAUACGAGAUGACGGGGGACGGCAGCAGCUCCAGCGGCACAGUGGGUGGUAGCAUCGGAUGUACCUCAACAUCGUCAUCACCAUGCUGCUGGCGGGACCCGAUCAGCGGCAGCUGUGCGUCGCUGUCGGCGUGAUGCGCUCCCCAGCGGAUCUCCUGCAGAGGUAGGUAGGUGUCGGCUUGGCCGCCAUUGAGGAGAGGAGGGGGUUGUGGGCCGUCCACAGGGACGUCUGGACCGUCAUCGGUGCCGUUGCCGUGAGGGGGGAGGGGUAGGGGGCUGUCAUGUGGGGAGAUGACCUUGAGCGAUACGGCGAUAGGCUCGAGGAUGGAGCCCAGGCCGAUGGUCGUGGCGACGAUGAGGACGAUCGUUGAUGUCACAAUGACGUCCUGACAGCCACCCACCAAUCGCACCGAUUGACGCUUGCCCUCAUUGCGUGGCAGAUGUGUCAAUUAACGGGUCACCUUGUCGUGUUUGCAUGUGGCUUCGAUCUCUCCCGUGUUGGCGUUGAUGUCGCAGGGCACAUUUAGUGCCAAGGCGAAGCAGAUCGCACCACGCAAUCCGCCAACAAACAAGAACACCUGAGCAAGACACACAAGACCGACAAAUCAUCGAACCAUGACGUCGUCUUGUCUCCUUCCCGCCACAGCCAGCCCUCACUUGUUUGUUGAUCGAGAUGCGCUGCUCACGGGGACGGCACCUGGAGAGAAGGAGGAACAGUGUGAGUGUCACAUCGGCCAUGACAUCGGCCUCUCUAUCUAUCGUUACGCAUUGAGCGCUGCCGAUAUGGGGAAGACGUGUGCCGCCCGGCCCACCACACACAGCACUAAACUCACAGCGAUGAACGCCGCAUUCCAAUCAUAGAAACCUGACCGACAGACAGACAGAGAGAAGAAGACAGACAGACGCGAUUGACUCGGCACAGUCCCUGGCUGUGUGCGCAAGUGUUCGUUUUUACCAAUUGAGUCAGCGGCAACGAAGCCCAAAUAGGCGAAUGCGGCCGUCUCUGCCACCACAGCCAGCGUCUUGAAGGUGACAUCCGACGAUAUCCGCGACCUCUCCGACAGGUUCCGCCUGACCAACUCGACGUUAACAAACACACGGAUCAAGACAUGCAUGUGGCCUUCCCUUGUGGUGUGCUCGUUCGUGCGUCAGCUACUUGUUGUAGUGUGCCAGCAUAACGCCACAGAAGAAGAGGGCCGUGAUGCCCGAGAAGUCGUAGAGCUCCGCAAGCCCAUAGGACAGGUAGGCUGAGAAGAAUGUCAGGGCCACUUCAAACUCUGGGUGGCUGAACGAACGAAUGAACCAACAGACAUUUACAAACAGACACAGAACAGAGAGUCCGGUCUUGAUGCGCACCGACCGUUUCAGUUGCUGGUGGUUCUUGAAGAGGGCUGACACGAGCCCGCCCAGCACCAGACCGAUCAGAAGUGACCCCCAAGACACCUCCAGGAAACUCAGCACCACCUGUAAACCACCCGACAUUCCCACACCACUCAUCAAAUCGCCCAUCUCUUCUGCCAUGCUGACUGACCCACCCCUCCGAGCGACGUGCCCUUCGUCCCUCCCCGCUGAUACAUCUUGAGGAAGCCGUGGAACAGCACCAGGCACACGGCGUCGUUAAGGACACUCUCGCCGAACAUCAAGCUGUACAGGUCCGCCGGACAAGAUGGGAACUUGUCGAAUAUCGACAGCGUCGCCACCGGGUCGAUGGCGGAGAUGAGUGCGCCGAAGAUGAGGCACAGGUAGAGUCUCGAGCUCUCGUCGCCCAUGAUGCCGACGAGCGGCGAGAGCCAGUAGAGACCGUACCCCACCACCACCGCCGACACGAAAGUGCCGAUUACGCACAGCGCCAGGACCCCAUCGAUGUGCUGCCAGAACAGGUGGUGCUCGAGCGAGAAGGCCGCCUCAAAGAUGAUGGGCGGCAGAAGCACAUAGAAGAACACCUCUGGGUCGAACCGCAGCAGAGACUGCAGCUUCGUCAGAUGGAGCAGCCGCACCAGAACCCCAGUCGCGAAGCCCACAAGAAUCGACGCAGCACUCUCAGGCAGGUGUCUGAUAGUGCCUCUCCGAAUGAGCACCGCCAGAUAAAUCUGCAGUGGGCAGAGGGGAGAGGAGGGGCGCACACACAACAGGACAGCGAAGAACCAUCAUUGCAGAGCAUCGCGUUGAUUUCGGUUAAUAAAUUCGGGCCUGCCUUACGCAUAAGAAGAGAGCGCCGGUGAGGAGCACCGACACGUAGCUGGCGACAUCCUCGGCCUCGUUGAUUGCCGAUGAUGUGGCUGGUGCGUCGACUGGAGGCGGCUGCAGGGGAUGCUGCGUCGCAGAGGCUGCACCUGAAAGUGUACCCACCGACAUCUCAGGAAG